AUGAGUGGUGGCCUUUCUGCAGAGCAUUACUGUUUUCCAGGCUUUAACGUAUCAUGUGUUAGGACACAGUUCAGUGUGGGGACCAAGUUUGCCCUCUUUUUGUUGUUCGCUUUAGGCAUGGGUUUAACCAUUUUCGGAAACACGGUUGUCAUUGUGUCAAUUAGCCAUUUCAAGCAGUUGCAUAAUCCUACCAAUGUGCUUAUUUUAUCUCUUGCUCUGGUUGAUCUACUAGUUGGUGUUAUUGUGAUGCCUUUUAGUGCCAUCAGAACUGUUCAUGGCUGCUGGUUUUACGGGGAAGUCUUCUGUCAGUUGCACUCCAGUUUUUAUAUGUUUCUUACCACUCUUUCUAUCUUCCAUCUCAUUUGCAUCGCUGUAGACAGACACGAAGCUAUAUGCGAUCCUCUGCAUUAUUCCAUGAAGAUCACAAUGCCAGUGGCCUGGAUUAUGGUAUGUUGCAGCUGGGCACUGGCUGCUGUCUACUGUUUUGGAUUGCUGUACUCAAAAGCAAAUGUUGCUGGGUUGGAGGAUUACAUAGAAUCAAUUUACUGCCUUGGUAGUUGUUACCUUCUCUUUACCCCCCUUUGGGGAAUCCUGGACAGUAUACUUUCCUUUUUCUUUUCGUGCACUGUAAUGAUUUGCCUGUACACUAAAAUUUUUAUUGUUGCUAAAGCGCAUGCACAAAAGAUUGGGGAUGUGAAAAAAGGUUCCAAUGAAAAAGGAAGAGCUGGUUUGCUUAAACAAUCUGAGCACAAGGCUGCAAAGACUCUUAGUAUUGUGCUCGGUGCAUUCAUCUUCUGUUGGAUGCCAUUGUUCACAAUCUCUUUGUUUGAAAUGAUCUUAGGUUUCUCCACACCAGCUGCUGUGUCGGAGUCCAUUUUCUGGUUGAGUUACUUCAAUUCCACCUUGAACCCAAUUAUUUAUGCCUUAUUUUAUCCCAGCUUCAAAAAAUGUUUCUAUUGUAUCUUCACGCUGAAAAUAUUCAGCCCGAGUUCUUCAACCAUGAAUGUAGCUUUUAACUGACAAAACUGUACUCUGGAAAUGUACUAUUCACCCUUAAAGAUUUCUGAAAUUGAAGCCUGCAUGUGCAGGGUCUUUGCUGUCAGAUAUUCCAUCAUGCAUGUUUAUUUUGCAAAUGUUACUUUACAAUACUUGUCAAUAAAUGUGAUGUUUUCGAAUGCAACCUGUUUUUUCCCAAAUUAUUUUCUCCCUAUGACUGCUGUUGCACACACUUUAUUUAUGACCUAUGUUUCAGUAUUUGAAUUGAAAAAUAUAUCAAUGAUCAAUGAUGACUUGUUAAAUACAUUUGUAUCUAUCUUAUAUCAAAGAUCAAUUUACACUUGUUACAACUAAUCACUGUCUAUAAUUUUUUUAAGAUGAUAUGCAGGGCUUAUCUGAAAUAUUUUACAUCGUUUGCAGAAUCCUUAUCUUGUGUGUUUUUCUCCACUAAUGGUGAGAAGAUUUUACAAAGUUGACACUGUUUUUGUUGUUGUUUCACACUUAUACUUCAGUUACUUUGUCCCAUAAAUACAUACAAAUUGUCAUUGUUGUUAAAUUUAAGAGGAGAGCCUAUAAUUUAUAAUCGGUUCAGUCUUCAGAACAGUAAUUGUGAGGAUUACAUUGUCCCAACUAAUCAGCAUGACUGCUUUAUCCUUUCUAGUUUAUUCAGUGGACACGGAUGCUUAUGUGUUGACUUCCUGGAGCAUUAAAAAAAGAAUGUGAAUAGAAAUAUAUAUUUUGCGAUUUGCGUUGAAAAUUUAGACAAUAAUUUUGAAAAAGGGAUUUAUUAAGAAAAACUUGCAACACCUCUAAAGGUCAUCUAGUUCAAUGAUAUUAUAGUAUUAAGUGUGUUCAUCAUUUUUCAUAAAUGGUUUUAGGAUAGGAUAGGAUAAUACUUCAUUGAUCCCCAGAGGGGAAAUUCGGGCAAUUGCAGCAGCACAAGAAAAGUAGGUCAAACAAAAUAAACAUUUAAACAGAAUAGAUCAGAUAAAAAAUGAUACAAAUAAAAAUAGAGGCUACAAGUACAAUAUGAAUGGUGAAGUGAACUAUGCAGGGAAUUAAGACAUUAUGUGCAGUGAAUGGCAAGAUAAAGUGACAAGUGAUGAUUAAAGUGACUUGUCAUGAUUAACAGCAGCGUAAAGAGCAGUGAAGAGAGGCAGUGUUGUAUCGCUGUAAUGUAGAGUGCAGUUAUAUAGUACAAUAUAA